AUGGAAUUUUUUGAGGAUGUAACAACUUAGGCUGUUUCUUCUGAUGUCCCUUAAGUUGAUUAAAGUCAAAUUUAAUAGGGUUAAUAUGAUGUAUUUAGUGCUUUUUCAAAUGAAGCACCUGUUUAAUCCUUAUCAUCAGUUGUCUAUAUGAGUCCAGAAUAAUAGAUUAGAAAGGAUAAAUUGAAAAUAAUUGAGGAGGAAAGGCUUGCUUAGAUAAGAGAAAAGGAUUAACAGGAAAGAUUGUUGAAAUAAUAAAAACAAUAGAAAGGGCGAGAGUAUUUGCAAUAAUUCAAAAGUUAAUUAGAAACAGAUAUAUAAUAAAGAAAAGUUUAAAAUAAGUAGAAAUAAGAGAUUUGGUUUGAAAAUAAGAAGAAUCAUAGUUAGUAUAAAAAUUCAUGGGACUAAAUUGCAUCCAAUAUAGCUUUAAAGGAUGGUGAGUACCCUGGAUAAAAGGAUGUGACAAAGAUGAGAUAAGCAAUUCUUAAUAAGAGAAUCGAUUUGACAAAGUGAAGCCCAAGAUUUAUAACAUCAAUAUAUAUUUAUUAUGCUUAUU